AUAAUUCCACAAGUGGUGAUAGGAUGAUAUGGUGAUACACACUCUUGUACAGUAGGUGGCGGUAUGCACCUUCACGUUGUUUGCAAUCCGCCAAAAACCGAGAGAAGAAGAAAACAGACAGGCACAACAAGCUCAGUAUUUUCAUCCUGAUUGUAUUUUGGAUGAUUAGCAACGUUAGCAGUCGCUUGCAUUGCUGCUAAACAUGCCGAUUAGUACUCUAAAGCACAUGUUGUUUACCUAGCGUCAUACUCGCUGUUCACUUGAGUGAUUUUCAGAGUAAAGCAUGUUGAGCUCAGAGUCUCUGCAGGUCGCUGAGGAGGAGGUGGUGCUGGAGUCUAGCUCCAACAACUGGGAGAUAUUUACACUUUUGUGGCUAAAGGAUGCUUUCCUCACACCAUGCAUCCUCUCAGGAAGAAGAAUCUCAAAAGAUACGCUCAGAAGUUCAUCAUUGAUGAGGGGAAGCUGUUACUACGUCGGGCCGAAGAAGGAGGAGAAAGAGGGAGGUGGUGAUCGAGGCAGAGAGGAAGAGGCAGAUUUUCCUCGACUGCCACUUCAACGACAUCGGUCAUCACCUCGGCCAGAAAGAAAGACCGUGCACCGAAUCCAGAGCAAGUACUACUGGCUGGGCAUCAUCAAGGACGUGGUGGACUGGAUCAAAGUGUGUGACACCUGUCAGCACACAGAAAGGAGUAAAAACCUGGCCAGGACGGUCCGGCCCAUUAAAGUGGACGCACCUUGGGAGAUCGUUGGGAUUGACAUUAUAGGGCCUUUCCCAGAGACGCAGCAGGGGAACUCUAACGUCAUAGUGCUCAUCGAUUACUUCAGUAAAUGGCCCGAAGCUUUUCCGGUUCAGAGGACGGACGCUCUCUCUGUCGCAAAAUGUAUUUCCAAAUGCAUAUACAGGUUUGGUGCCCCUAAAACAAUAGUGUGCACGCAGAACGCUGACUUCUGUGAUGAGGUGAGCGAGCGCCUGAGCGACAGGUGGAGCAUCGUGCAGGCGGUGUCUCCUCUGGAUCCGCCUCAGCUCAACCCUCUGCACGACGGCAGCUUCUCGCAGCUGAAGGAGGCCGUGGAGCAGAUGGUGGCGGAGAAGCAGAGCCAAUGGGACGACUUCCUGGACCCCGUGCUGUUUCUGUUCAGAACGUCCAGCAACCCCACCACCAAGUUCAGCCCCUACUCCCUCAUGUUCAGCAGGAAGCCUGACCUGCCCGACCAGACGACGUUGAGCCUGCUGAGUUACGACGACCAGGAGCAGGAUGAGUUCUCCACGACGGAGAAGGCCUCCUCGUUUCUGAGCGCGAUGCAGGAGCAGCAGAACUCUGUGAAGCAGCUGGUGUUAGCCAACAUGACCGCGGCCUACAAACAGGAGAAGAAGAAGAACGCCAAGCGCCGGACGCACAGAUCGCCCUCCGUGACUUUCAAACUCUCCGAGCCUCAGUACGCCGCCGGAGACUCGCCCUCGCCAAAGAAACUGAAGGACAGUUUGUAUUUAUCUUUCCCUGUGGAGCAGAUCAGCUCAGAGGACAUGAAGACGGAGACGUUAGCUUUUCACUUAGCGUAGCACGACAAAACACACACACACACACACACACACACACACACACACACACACACACACACACACACACACACACACACACACACACACACACACACACAUUUGAAACAGAAUCCAUGGACCGAAAAGGAGAAACAGACAUGGAUGAGUUCCUCCUUUUAUCCCGACAAAAACAUUUCCCAUGAUGAUGUUAACUUAUUUUUGUCCGCUGUGUUAUACGAUAGAUUUCUAAGCCACAAUACUUUUAAAUAAAGCCAUUGUUUCGU